UUCCACUUCUAUGCCAUGAAGUUCCUUCAAUCUCUCAUUGUUCAAUCACGUUAUGCUGUGCGUGUCGGGUCACUGAAUCGGGUUUCUGGACUCCGAUUCUUCGCCGUUUCCACUGAAGAGUACGCCAAAAGAAACUAUGCAAACAACGUUUCCGAGUAUAACACUGUUUUGGGCUCUCUCACUUCAAAAAGAAGGACUUUCUUGCUGAGAGAUGUGUAUGAAGAUAUGAUGCUUGAUGGGGUGAAACCUUCGCGCGACACUUUCCAUUCCCUUGUUGCGGGAACUAUGAAAGCAGCUAGGAUGCAAGAUGCUUUCUUCUUCGUGGACCAAAUGAAAACUAUGGGUUUGCUCCCUGAUGUUACUUUGUACAACUUUCUGAUUUCGACCUGUGGGAAAUGCAUGAACUCUAAUAAGGCUAUUCAGAUUUUGGAGGAAAUGAAACGCAUGGAAGUAAAGCCUAAUGUACAAACCUACAUCUGCUUGCUAAAUGCUUGUGCUGCCGAUGGACGCAUAGACCGAGUGUAUACAAUUGUCCGUGAUAUGAUAGCUGCUGGUCUGGGAUUGAACAAGUUCUGCUAUGCUGGGCUUAUAGUUGCACACAAGAAUAAGACACCUGUUGAUGAUUUUUCUGCAAAAGUUAUUGAGUUUGUGGAGAAGUCAAAGAUGUGGUCUUCAGAUGAAACCAACAGUGCCAAUGCUGAGAAUGUGAUGAUGGGUGUUAGUGAUGAAGAAUUAUACAACCUACCAACAGCAGAUUAUAUUCAUAGGCGUGGAGGGUUUUUGAAUCGACCAUUUACAGCAUAUCACACUGCAUUUCAUGCUGCUGCAGACCUAAAACUUGUUGAGUUAACGAACAUACUAUUGGACAUUCUGAACAAGGACGGAAAAACUCCUGAUGUCUUUAUUAUGAUGCAAGUAAUCAGGUAAUCAAUUAAGGGUCCUCUUUUUGCUAUUGUCCCUAAUUGAGGGAAAGGAAAUCAAAUUACAAAAAGAAAAUAUUGAUUAUGAGAAAGUUGUAGAAUAGGCAUUUUCCUCUAGUAGCUAGCUCCUUUCCUUGUUACACUUUCUGGAAAGUACUUACUAGUAUGAAAAAUGAAUGGUAUUUUCCAUUUGUGCAUUUGACCUUUAAAUCAAAGGGAAGUUAGAAGUCCUGGGAAGGUGGUUAUAUAUAUGUGGUUAACAUGUAAAUAAUUUCUUUCGUUCCAUUGCUUCUUUUGAAGGAUGUCUUUGGUUAGAUAAAAUGUUUCCUUUGCAAUAUCAUUAUCAUUUAGCCCGCUCAAACCAAAUAGUCUUGAUGGAUAUC